UGUGGUGUUAGGUGCUCCAGCCGGCUCUGCGCUCUCUGACCGCGGCGAUGGGCAGCGAACGCAGCAGCUCCUGCCUCUUGGACUCUGCAGCAGCCCGGAGCAGCGUCUCCGGCCAGUCUCCACCUGUCCGCUCUGAGGUGCAUGAAUAACAUCUCAUUUUCUCAUCCUCGUUAUUUUAUCUGUAUCUGCUGGAGGAGCUGCUCCGUGGGAUCGUCAGGAGUGUGUUCUUCUUGUAUCCCUCCGAAAACACACGCUGUGACUGUACAGUAAGCGAGGUGUGUCGGCUCUGGAUCCCCGAAGGUAUCCGACACAGGACACACAGACAAUGGGCACACUGCGGGACCUCCAGUUCGCCCUGCAGCUGAAAAUCGAGGAGCUGCGGCAGCGGGAUGCCCUCAUCGAUGAGCUGGAGCUGGAGCUGGACGCAAAGGAUGAUCUCAUUCGGCGGCUGCAGGGAGAGCUGGACCGCUACCGGGCGACCCUCGGUCCCCUAGGGCCAUCUGCAGCCUGCCACGGACCAUCUAAAGUCUCAAAUGAGCCCCAGCGUACCAAGAGACUGGCCAUCUCGGCAGAGCCCGCUGCCCUAGACCCCACCCAGCUCCCCAAUGUCACCCUGACCAGCUACACCAAGAGUAAAGCGUCACAGGAGCUAAUUCAGAAUGCUCUGCUUGAGAAUGACUUCAUGAAGCACCUUGAAGUUGGGCAGAUCUUGGCCAUUGUAGAUUGCAUGCACCUGACCACCAUCUCCCAAGGGUGCUGUGUCAUUAAAGAGGGUGACGAUGGUUCCCUGGUGUACGUGCUGGAAGAGGGUAAGGUAGAGGUGACUAAGGAAGGCCACAAGUUGUGCACCAUGGGGCCGGGGAAGAUAUUUGGAGAGCUAGCGGUCCUGUACAACUGCACCCGCGCUGCUACAGUCACAGCCUUGACUGAUAUCAAGCUGUGGACGAUAAACCGGCAGUGCUUCCAGACGAUCAUGAUGAGAACGGGUUUAAUAAGGCACUCGCAGCACAUGGAGUUCCUGCGCAGUGUGCCGUCCUUCCAGUCCCUGCCGGAGGACGUGCUCAGUAAGGUGGCCGACGCUCUCGAAGAGGCCCGCUACGCCGAUGGUGAUUACAUCAUUCGCCAGGGUGCUACCGGGGACACCUUCUUCAUCAUCAGCGAAGGCCAGGUGAAGGUCACAAAGGAGAAAUCAGGCGAUGAGGAACCAGUGCUGCCGUCUACUUUGUCCAGGGGGAAUUGGUUUGGAGAGCAGGCGCUGAAAGGGGAAGACGUGCGGACAGCCAGCGUCAUUGCAGUGGGGGAUGUGACGUGUCUGGUUGUGGACAGAGAGACUUUUAAACAGUUGAUAGGGGGUCUGGAAGAUGCUAGCAAAAAGGUACACGAAAGCAAUGAGACUAAAUCCAAGUUAGAAGCAGAAGCUGCCUUCUUCUCCAGCUUGUCUCUGAGUGACUUUAAGGUGGUCACCACCCUGGGUGUGGGGGGCUUCAGUCGUGUUGAAUUGGUGCAACUGAAGAGCGACCCCAGCCGCUCAUUCGCCAUGAAGGUUCUGAAGAAGCGCCACAUCCUAAACACCAACCAACAGGGCCACAUCCUGUCGGAGAGACAAAUCAUGAUGGAGGCCCACUGCCGUUUCACUGUCAGGCUUUACUGUACCUUCAGGGAUGCAAAGUACCUAUACAUGUUGAUGGAAGCCUGUCUAGGUGGAGAGCUAUGGACCCUGCUGAGAGACAGGGGCUCCUUUGAUGAGGCCGCCACACGCUUCUUCACAGCCUGCGUGGUGGAGGCUCUGGCCUUCCUGCACUGCCAAGGCAUCAUCUACAGAGACUUGAAGCCAGAGAAUAUCAUACUGGACCAGCAUGGAUACGCCAAACUGGCUGAUUUUGGCUUUGCAAAGAAGGUGGGCUUGGGGAAGAAAACCUGGACUUUCUGCGGAACCCCAGAGUACGUGGCCCCUGAGGUCAUCUUAAACAAGGGCCACGAUAUCUCUGCAGACUGCUGGUCCCUGGGAAUCCUCAUUUUUGAGCUGCUGAUCGGAAGGCCUCCAUUCUCCGAGUCAGACCCCAUGAAAACGUACAACGUAAUCCUGCGUGGAAUCGAUAUGGUGGAAUUUCCUAAGAAGAUCACCAAGAGUGCGAUCAACCUCAUCAAGAGACUGUGCAGGGACAGCCCAGCAGAGAGACUUGGCAACCAGAAAAAUGGAGUGAAAGACAUCCAGAAGCACAAGUGGUUCGAAGGAUUCAACUGGGAGGGACUUUGCAAAGGCACCUUAGCCCCCCCAUUCAUUCCAAAUGUGAACGGCCCCCUGGACACCAGCAAUUUCGACUGCUUCCCAGAGGACAACGAGGACCCGCCCCCAGAUGAGGAGUCUGGCUGGGACAUCGACUUCUGAGCGCGAUCAUCUGAAAGGCCUUGUUGUGGAGGGAAUGGAGGCCAGCAGGGGGAGCCACUCCAAGAAACCGAAGUGGUCCCCUGCGAAAGAGGACAGCAUUUCGGCGUUGUAAACAGACCUUCGGGAAAACAAUGCAGCGUUUACAUGGCAGCGCAGUGAAGGGCUUGGAUUUUAAAGUCCCCCAAACAUGGGGAAUGUUAUAUAAAACAUGUACAUGUUUUAUAACAUAUCUUAUGGCUAUAUUUAAUGCUCUUAUUUUAUGCUUUUGGCAAUACUAAAUAUUUUAAAAUGAUAAAAUUCUACUUUUUUUUAAAUCAAACAAUUUUUGUUUUGGCAUCAAAAUGUAAGAGCCCAAUUAUUCUGUGUAACUGGCUUUGUACAGUAAAGUAUAAGCUCUAUGCCCCUGGAAGUAUUUACAAAAUCGGUUUACAUUUUAAUAAACUUCACAGAGUACCCUGUGAUGUCCAGGGUGUAACCUCCUCAGCGCUGCGCUCAGUGUUUCCUGGAUGGGCUCUGGAUCACUGCGACCCUCAUCAGGACAAGCAGGUUCUUGACCCUGGAUGGAUGGAUGGAUGGAUGGAUGGAUGGACUUCACAGAGGCAUU